UCAGGCAGAGUCAGCGAUCCAGCAGCCCCUACACCAUGAGUGUCUCUGUGCUGAGCAUCACCAGACCCCUGGGCGGUAUCUCUGGGAUCCUGCAAGGGGCCUCCCUUCUAGGGCUGGCUCUGCUGCUGCUCAAGGCAGCACAGCUCUACCUGCGCAGGCAGUGGCUGCUCAAAGCAGUCCAGGAGUUCCCGUCCCCUCCUUCCCACUGGCUCUUCGGGCACAAGCUGGAGCUCCAAAAUGGUCAGGAGCUACAAGAGCUUCAGAAAAGGGCAGAGAAAUAUCCAUGUGCCAGUCCUCGCUGGCUAUGGGGAAGCAAGGUUAGCCUCAUAGUCUACGACCCGGACUACAUGAAGGUGAUCCUGGGGCGAUCAGACCCAAAGUCUGAUGCUUCCUACAGAUUCAUGGCUCCCUGGAUAGGGUACGGUUUGCUCCUGUUGAAUGGGCAAGCGUGGUUCCAGCACAGGCGGAUGCUGACCCCAGCCUUCCACUAUGACAUCCUGAAGCCCUACGUGGGACUCAUGGCCGAUUCUGUCCGAGUGAUGCUGGACAAAUGGGAGGAGCUCCUCAGCCAGAACUCACCUCUGGAGAUCUUUGGACACAUCUCCUCGAUGACGUUGGACACCAUUAUGAAGUGUGCCUUCAGCUACCAGGGCAACCACCAGGCAGACAGGUACUCCCAAUCCUACCUUCAGGCCAUUCGGGACCUGAACAACCUGGUGUUUUCCCGGAUAAGGAAUGCUUUCUACCAGAAAGACAUCAUCUACAGGCUGACCCCUGAAGGCCGCUGGAACCACCGGGCCUGCCAGCUUGCCCAUCAACACACAGACCGAGUGAUCAAGCUGAGGAAGGCUCAGCUGCAGGAGGAGGGAGAGCUCGAGAAGGUCAGGAGCAAGAGACACUUGGACUUCCUGGACAUCCUCCUCUUUGCCCAAAGGGAGAACGGGAACAGCUUGUCUGACAAGGACCUCCAUGCGGAAGUGGACACCUUCAUGUUUGAGGGCCAUGACACCACAGCCAGCGGCAUCUCCUGGAUCCUCUAUGCUCUGGCCACACACCCCGAGCAUCAGCAGAGGUGCCGGGAGGAGAUCCAGAGCCUCCUGGGGGACGGCGCCUCCAUCACCUGGGACCACCUGGACCAGAUGCCCUACACCACCAUGUGCAUCAAGGAGGCACUGCGACUCUAUCCGCCAGUUCCAGGUGUCGGCAGAGAGCUCAGCAAGCCCAUCACCUUCCCUGAUGGACGCUCCUUACCCAAAGGAUUCUUAGUCUUGCUCUCCUUUUAUGCCCUUCACCACAACCCAAAAGUGUGGCCAAACCCAGAGGUGUUUGACCCUUCCCGGUUUGCACCAGAUUCCUCUCGACACAGCCAUGCUUUCCUGCCCUUCUCAGGAGGAUCAAGGAACUGCAUCGGGAAGCAGUUGGCCAUGAACGAGAUGAAGGUGGCAGUGGCCCUGACCCUGCUCCGCUUUGAGCUGGCACCAGAUCCUCUCAAGGUCCCUGUUCCCACUCCAAGAAUUGUGUUGAUGUCCAAGAAUGGGAUCCACCUGCAUCUGAGGAAGCUCCUCUAACCCUUGUGGGGACAAGGAUGAGCCCCAAGGGCCUCCUGCCUGCCAUCCUGUCUUGAUGUCGGUCUCUCCUGUCUGCUGUCUUCUGCCCACUUCCUGCUUUCACUCUGCCCACCUGCCAGCCUCCCUGAUCUCCUCCUCUUGUGCAUCAGACUGUUUGCCCUUCUCUGUCUCCCCCUUUCCCAAGAUUCCUACUUGUUUGCCUGUUACCUUUCUCCUACCCAGCUGUAGCUCUGACUGCCCACCAAAUCAAUACCUGCCUCUUUCCCAGCCUGCCUGUCCUCUGCAUGUCUUUCUCCUUUUGUGCCUAUUUGAUUGUCCCUAUAUUAUUUUCCUCUGGCUGCUAUAAUAACUGACCACAGCCUUAGUGACUUAGAACAACACCAAUUUGUUCUCUUACAGUUCUGGAGUUCAAAGUCUAAAAUAGAUUUUGCUGGACUACAGCCAAGAUAUUGGUAUGGUCACACUACCUCUAGACUCUAAGAGAGAAUCCCUCUCUCUGCCUUUUCCAGCAUCAGGUGCAUUAUUUGUGAUCUUUAGCUCCUGGAGGCUCCUCUUUUCAAAUGCAACAGCAUCUUUCAAUAUCCUUGUGCCUCUGUCUUCGUAUCACCUUGUCUUCCAUGAGGACUUUGUGAUUAGACAGAUGCACUCAGAUAACACAGACAUAUCUCAGCUUCCAGGAAUGGACUUCUUGGGGAGCCAUGAUUCAGCCUGCUUAGUCCCUAUGUGACUGCUAUUAGUCCAUGCAUCCAGCUCUCUCCUGUGUGUUACCUACAUACCCAUUUGUCAUUCACAUACCCUCCUCUUCUUUCCUCCUCCCUCAAAUAAAUUUCUUAA